GAGUGUGAGGAGAGGGAGAUGGGUACGAGGGCGGGUAGUUAUCCGUGAUUGUUUCUGUGGAAGACGGUGAAGUUCUUCGGCUCGGAUCUUUUCUCCAGGUAGUUGAGUGUGUGAUUGUGUGUUCAGCAUGAGUAACAUCUACGAGUCCGCAGAGGCCACGCUUGGUUUUAUCAGCUCUCCAUGCCUGGCCAAGGUGGAGCUCAGAGUCGCCUGCCGGGGGAUCUCCGACCGCGACGCUCUCUCUAAACCUGAUCCUUGCGUGGUCCUGAAGAUGCAGUCGCACGGGCAGUGGUUUGAGGUGGACCGCACAGAGGUGAUCCGCAGCAGCAGCGGCCCGGUCUUCUCAAAGAUCUUCCUGGUGGAUUAUUACUUUGAGGAGGUCCAGAGGCUGCGCUUUGAACUCCAUGACAUCAGCUCUGGCAAUAAUGGCCUCCGCGAUGCGGACUUCCUGGGUGCCAUGGAGUGCACCUUAGGACAGAUCGUGUCGCAGAGGAAACUGACCAAAGCCCUUCUCAAACAGGGAAACACGGCCGGAAAGUCGUCUAUAACGGUGACAGCUGAAGAAUUGUCUGGUAACGACGAUUACGUUGAACUCUGUUUCAGCGCUCGUAAACUAGACGACAAGGAUUUCUUCAGCAAGUCCGACCCUUUCCUUGAGAUCUUUAGAGUGAAUGACGACGGUACGGAGUCACUCGUGCACAGAACUGAGACGGUCAUGAACAAUCUGAGCCCUGUUUGGAAAUCCUUUAAAGUUUCCUUGAACACACUCUGCAGUGGUGACCAUGACCGGGAGCUAAAGUGCACAGUUUGGGACUGGGACUCAAAUGGGAAACACGAUUUUAUCGGGGAGUUUCAGACCACAUUUAAAGAAACGAAGGCAGAGCAGGAGGGAAAGCAGAUUCAGUGGGAGUGCAUCAACCCCAAAUACCAGACGAAGAAGAAGAAUUACAGAAACUCUGGUGUUGUCAUACUCAAUCACUGUAAGAUCAUCAAAAUGUAUUCCUUCCUGGAUUACAUCAUGGGAGGCUGUCAAAUUCAAUUCACAGUGGCGAUAGACUUCACAGCAUCCAAUGGGGACCCCAGAAACAGCUGCUCCCUCCAUUACAUCCACCCCUACCAGCCAAAUGAGUACCUUAAAGCUCUCGUGGCUGUCGGGGAGAUCUGUCAAGACUAUGACAGUGAUAAGAUGUUCCCAGCAUUUGGCUUUGGAGCUCUGAUUCCACCUGACUUCAAGGUUUCGCACGAUUUUGCUGUGAACUUCGAUGAGGACAAUCCCGAAUGUGCCGGGAUCCAGGGUGUGGUGGAGGCCUACCAGAAUUGCCUCCCCAAGAUUCAGCUGUACGGGCCGACCAACAUCGCCCCAAUCAUCCAGAAAGUGGCUUCGUCCGCCUCAGAGGAGAUGCACACCAAAGAGGCCAUGGAAUAUUUCAUCCUGCUGAUACUGACAGACGGCGUCAUCACCGACAUGGCUGACACACGGGAGGCCAUCGUGCACGCCUCUCAUCUGCCCAUGUCCGUCAUCAUCGUCGGCGUCGGCAACGCAGACUUCACAGACAUGCAGAUCCUGGACGGAGACGACGGGAUCUUGCGCUCGCCCAAGGGAGAGCCUGUUCUCCGCGACAUCGUCCAGUUUGUCCCUUUCAAGGACUUCAAACACGCCUCCCCAGCUGCACUGGCUAAGAGUGUUUUGGCAGAAGUCCCGAACCAGGUGGUGGACUAUUACAACGCUAAAGGCAUCAAACCCAAGUGCAUGUCAGACUACGAGUCCACGAGAACGUUCAGCCCCUGACAAUGGACAACAUGCGUACACACACAAAAUACAUAUAUACAGUGUACUGUAUAUCAUAUAUAUAUUUAUAUAUAUAUAUAUAUACACAUUUAUUUACUGUAUAAUACAUAUACACAUGCAAAAGCACAAGUACACAUACACACAUAGUCAUGUACCCUCAGCUGUCUUAUACAGUAGUCUAGCUCAGAGAAAUAGCUCGUUCUGGUGAAGCAGUUUGAACUACUCCAUUGCAUGAGUGAUCCUGGCAUCACCUUGGAAAUUAUUACUAUUAUCUACUGUAUAUUCAAAAGAUAUUUGUAGGAAUAAGAGCAGUCUUCUGAGCCAGCAUGCAGACUCAAACCAUAGCCCACCCAAAGAAAUGACACUCUUACCUUAUUCAGAUA